UUUUUUCCGAGGCGUGCGAAUGGGAGUGGGCGCCGGUGGGCGCGUCGGGCACCCAGCGCGCUCUUCAGUGUUCUGGCUGAGCUUCGAGCGAGCGCGUGCUUGCCCAGUGCGUCCGUGGUUCUAGGUCUCGGUUCCAGUGUCGGACUGAUACGAGGGUCUGAGUGUCGUGGUCUGGCCGCAUGUUAUCAUGUUGAUAUCGGCGGGCAGCGGCCCCACGCCAGAGUUCUCCCCCGCAUCGUGCUGCGCGCCCUGGAAGAUGGAGCCGGCCCCGCCCGCGCCCGCUUCCAUGCCGCAACCCCUCAACAUAUCACCCAAUGUACCAGUGUCCCCGUCGUCGUCGGGAGGCACCGGUGGCUCCGGGACCCCGCUGUACCCGCCGUCGCACCCCCUCUCCUCUCUGCUGUCACAGCAGCGGUUGCUCGAGCUGUCACGCUUCGGGCUGCGACACUACGACAUCGCGCACCAUGUGCUGUCACAGCAAGGUGCUGUUACCAAGUUGCUUGGAACCCUUCGACCACCGGGGCUCAUCGGAGGAAGCAAGCCAAAGGUGGCCACGCCAGCCGUCGUCUCCAAGAUAGAACAGUACAAGAGGGAAAAUCCCACCAUUUUCGCUUGGGAGAUUCGGGAGCGACUAAUCUCUGAAGGCGUAUGCACCAACGCAACUGCUCCAAGCGUGUCCUCGAUCAACAGGAUACUGAGGAACCGGGCCGCGGAGCGUGCGGCGGCCGAGUUCGCUCGGGCCGCCGGCUACGGGUUGUACGCCGCGCCGCCUCCAUACGGCGCCUUCCCCUGGGCCGGCGGCGGCGUGUGGCCCCCGGGGUCGCUGCCGCUGCCCCCCGGCGUGCCACCACCUACAGGGGUACCGCAUCCUGACAUGCAACAGGGCUUCUUGUCUUCUUCCGGACGAGGACUAAUAGAUGUCGAUGGCGAUGACUCCGGUUCGCUUGACGGGGAACAACCAAAGUUUAGAAGAAAUCGCACCACCUUUAGCCCAGACCAGCUUGAAGAGCUGGAAAAAGAAUUCGAGAAAUCUCAUUACCCGUGCGUCUCAACGAGGGAACGCCUCGCUUCCAAGACGUCACUGUCGGAGGCGCGAGUCCAGGUUUGGUUUUCCAACAGACGAGCCAAGUGGAGACGCCAUCAGCGCAUGAAUCUCCUCAAGCGCGGUGGCGGCUCGCCCGCACACCGCCUGCCCCACUCCCCGUCCCCCUCCCGCUCCCGUUCGCGUUCUUUGUCCCCCGCGCGCGCCCCCUAUCACACGCCCCAGAUGGGCGGCGAGAAUAGUGCUUUCAAGUCACUCUCCCAUCAAGAUACGGCUCUGAAGGCUCUGUCCCACCAGGCUCAGUUCGAUAGCAACGCACUGAAAGCGCUGUCGCAGCAUACGUACGAGAGCGGUGCGUUCAAACCGCACCCUGGGCUAGAGAAUAGCGCGUUCAAAGCGCUCGUCCCGCAUUCGGCGGCGGCUGCGUUGCUGGCGGCGCAGUCGAUACACCUGGCUCGCGGAUACGAGUCGCAUUCGGAUACUGACGAGGAGAUCAAUGUGCAUGAUGAGAGUGAAGAUGAGGCUGACAGACACAACAGCAGGGCGCGGUCGCGGUCGCGGAGCCCCGCGCGGCCGCGCCCUCAGCCGCCCAGCGACCUACCACUGCAACUCACCAAGCACGACCGUUGACGACUUAUUCAGUAUUACAGGGUUAAUUUUGAAAUUAUCAACGAUUAAGCUUUAUACAAGUGCUGUUCCUUUACGGAAUUUACGGAAAGAAUUGAAAGACAAAAUUUUAACGACUAUAUGACGUUUAGCGCCACUUGCACCGUUCCACUAACCCGGGGUUAACCAGUUAACCCGCUAACCCAGUGUCAAAUUGCACUGGUAACCAUGGUAACUCCAUAUUUACCCGAUUAACCCCGGGUUAGUGGAAUGAUGUAAGCGGCGCUUAAAGAUUUAGAUGUGACCUGUAAACAUCGUUCUUACGGUCCUUGUCAUUCUUUGUACAUUCCAUGUUAAUUAAGUUGUAAAUAUUUAUUGUAGGUAGCCAAUUAAGCUCGAAAGUAAUUAUUACUUAGAUAUAUACAAGUGAAUGACUGUGCACAAAAAGUAGAUCUUUUAAACUCAAUAGGAAUGUUGACAUUAUGCUAUUUUAAUGAUCAUCAGAUUAUGAAUACUUACCAAAGCAGCUAUUUGGAUUGUAAAGGCACGGUUUUAGGCAAACCAAAGUUCCUAAUAUAUUCCUACUCGAAAUGAUCGAUGUAUAUCAUAACUUGUAUUGUUAUAAAAAUGUACAUUUAAUACGUUGUCUGUUGAAUUGUAGUUGUAACCGAACCUGAUACUUAAAUGGCAAUGGCAGCAACAUACUUGGUUAUUAUAUUUGCGCAAAUAUGGCCGGGUUACUUCCGUUGUCAAAAGAUGCAAUAUGAAGAUUUGAUAAAUACGACCAAGUAUGUUUGCGGCCGAAGUAAAAUCUGUGUUGUUUUGUAAAUAUUGUAAUAAUUUCGGGCACUAUAUGUAAAUUAUUUAUUUCUUAGAUAAUUAAUAUUUGUACAGUGAGAAGUAGCAAAUUACAUACUUACGUACCUACCUAUUGCGAUAAAUUGAAUAAAAAAGUUGAAGUA